AUGUUCCGAAGACCUGUACUGCAGGUGGUCCGUCAGUGUGUGAGACAUGAGUCCGAAACGGCUGCCAGUCUGGUUCUGGAACGAUCUCUGAACCGCGUGCAGUUACUUGGCCGAGUGGGUCAGGACCCUGUCAUGAGGCAGGUGGAAGGAAAAAACCCAGUCACCAUAUUUUCUCUAGCAACUAACGAGAUGUGGCGGUCAGGGGACAGUGAAGUGUACCAGACAGGUGACGUCAGUCAGAAGACUACGUGGCACAGGAUAUCCGUCUUCCGGCCAGGCCUCCGAGACGUCGCCUAUCAGUACGUGAAGAAAGGGUCUCGAGUGUAUGUGGAAGGGAAAGUAGACUACGGUGAAUACAUGGAUAAAAAUAAUGUGAGACGACAGGCAACGACCAUCAUAGCAGAUAACAUCAUAUUUCUGAGUGACCAGACGAAGGAGAAGGUAUAG